CAAAGAGUUAACGUUAUUACAGUUUAAAACAGUUUUGCAAAUCAACUUCUAAAACUCCCCUGAAUAAUGACAACUAGGAAAAGUUCAUUCUUCAAAAACAUAAACAGAAAGAGCUGUAAACAGGCAAGGCGGUCUGCGGGCAAGUGUGCUCUGCUCCUACGCGCAGAAAUGACUCGAGCACCCUGGUUGUUUGGCUGUGCGUCCCUCAGUGCUGUGUUGGGAGCUCUGGGCCUAGGCCCUAGGGGUGGUUCAGGAGGCAUGGCCCGCUGAGCCCCUAAAUUUACCCACUUCACCGGUUCCACCCGCAUUUCCUGAGCCCUUGGCUCUAACUCAGCACCCUCGGGACUCACAGUGUGCUCUCUGAGAGCCAGAGGCGAGGUGAUGCAUCACCCCCCAUGCUCUGCUGUGGGCUGGCCUGGCACCCACCUGGCUCAUCCUCGCCUUGUCCCUUGAGUGCCAUGAGCAGUGCAAUCAGAAGCAAGAACAUUUUGCCCUGGAAGCCCACAAUUGCCCAACUUCACCUCCAGCUUAUGUGGAUGCCAUGGCAGUGGCCUUGACCCAGCAAGGUACAUGGCACACAGCUGGACCCUGGUGACAUCACAGUGAGGCCUGGGGCCAGGAAGGGGUGAUGCUGAUUGGCCCAUUCACCCGAAUCUUUCCCUGUAGUAUUCCCUCUGCAGCAGUGGUGCAAGGACCACCCUGGAAGGGCUGCCUCGGACCCGUGUUAGUCUGUGUGGUCCCCUCUUGCCCUUUACCCCAGGAAACUGAGGAGCCCUCAGUGCUUGUGUUUGCCCAGCAUUCAAAGCUUGUGUCUCUGGGCGCAUUUAUAUAUUCUUGGCAGCCAGAUCUCCAAAGCCUUGAGUGCUUUGCUAAGAGAGCUCCGUCUACCAGCCUUUGCAGUCUGGUGAGGGCUAUGCACAGGGCAAGGGCCAGCAUUAAAUCGAAUCAUCGCUAACAUCUGUGUUGAAGGAUUGAUUGCUCUGGGGUACAGGCAGGAUAAAACCAGAAAGGAAAGUAUCAUAUAGGAAGUGGCUGUGGCGUUACCGGUGGGCUGCACUGGUGCCUGGAGAUGGAGGAGCCGCUGAGAAACCACGGAGAGAGAAAGAUGGGGGAUAUGGGGAAUAGAGGCACCAUGGCCGAGGUGUACAGGACGCCCAGGCAUAGCCUCCUGCAGGGCUGAAGUUCUGGACACAGAGGUACCACUCUCCAGGAUCUCAGGAUGGAGCAGAUCCCUGGAGGAUGUGCCAAGACCCGGGGUCCCGAGCUUGCAGAGCCCAGGCCCCAAACCAUCCAGCGCUGAGACAGAGCCAGAAGCAGUGGCAAUGACUACCAGACCUGGAGGAAAAGCAGGGCCAGCAUGGGGUGGUAAAUGAGUGGGGCAUGCCCAGGAGGACCCUGCCUCCUGUCUCCGCCUCAGCUGGAUCCUCUCCUCCGUGUCCAUUGUCACCCUCUGCUUCUCAUCCACCCUUCUCGUCGAUGGUGCCUUGGUCCUCUUAAAACCUGAGAAGCAAGUAGCUCUCACAUGGCCACCCUCUGACUUUCCCAAAGGCCACCACCUUCUCUCAUUGGCAAAUUCAGUCCUCAGCGAGCAAACAAGUGCAUGGUGACUGGCUGAAUGAAAUACGUACUGCCUGGAACAGCGAUUAUCUACAAGAGCAGCAGGCGGGCAAGGGAGCUCUGGUGAGUCCCCUCAGGACAGCACCUGCAGAAGUGCAAAUCAGCCUAGCAGUGUGGUGACCGUGCGCUGGACGUGUCCUCCUGUGUCUGACAUCUCCUCCUUUAAGGACAGGUGCAGCUGGGGGUUGGGAGACAAUGUGAUUCAGUCCAGCAAGUGUGGGGUACAGGGAGUGUGGCCCACUGGGCAGGGCUUGAGGGGUGGCCAGGACCCCUGAACCCAACCCGUGAUCAUCACACCUGGUGCCACAGGUCAGGGUCCCUGGACCACGCAGGGUGGGAGAGGCCUCGGGUUUCCUGGGCGCCUCCUGUCCCCAUUUGCACAGCCACAUGCCUCAUCCACCUCCCCGAGAAGCCCAGGGAAGGGAGGAUGUGGGCCUUGCAGAACAGCUGGGUGUAGCAGAGGCUAGAAAUGGGGUACCCCAGGACACCAAGUGGAAGUGGGGAGCACUGCUCAUCGGGAAAGUAGCCCAUGUCAGAAAGCCUCCCUGGACCAUGCCCCAGGGGAACCAUUUUGAAAACAAUACAGUGGAAAGAAUCUGCCUGGCCUUGGCCUUUGUGACAUCGCAGCUCCCUGGGCCAUAAGAAGGUGGCUGUCAAGCUGGGGUCACUCCCCGAACCCUGGCCUCCAUCACCCUAACCCUGGCAAAGGCCAGCCCAGUAUGCUUCUGCUCUCGAUCCUGCUGCUCCUGCCUUAUGCCAAGAUGGCAGAUUUUGGAUGUGGCGAGAGACCCGAGUUCGAGGGCAGCACCCGUCACUCCCGGAUCAUUGGGGGGAUGGAGGCCGAGGAGGGUGAGUUCCCGUGGCAGGUGAGUAUUCAGGUCUUCAACGAGCACAUGUGUGGCGGCACCAUCCUCAGCGCCUGGUGGAUUCUCACGGCUGCUCACUGCUUAAAUUUCGAGGAAAUACCCCCCAAAGACGUGAAUGUUGUGGUGGGCACCAGUGACCUAACCAGCCAACACCUGGAAAUUAAGCAGGUCACCAACAUCAUCUUUCACAAGGACCACAGGAGAGUCUCCAUGGACCACGAUAUCGGCUUGCUGCUGCUGGCCUCACCCAUCAAGUUCAAUGACCUGAAAGUGCCCAUCUGCUUGCCCCCCGAGCUCAGUCCUGUCAGCUGGCGCCAUUGCUGGGUGGCAGGAUGGGGACAGACCAACUCAAGUGAAAAAGACUCCAUGAAAAGCGAUCUGAUGAAAGUGCCAAUGGUCAUCUUGGACUGGGAGGAAUGUUCCAAGCAGUUUUCAAAACUCACCAAAAACAUGCUGUGUGCUGGGUACCAGAAUGAGAACUAUGACGCCUGCCAGGGUGACAGUGGGGGAGCCCUUGUCUGCACCACAAAUGACUCGAGCAGUAAGUGGUACCAAGUGGGCAUUAUCAGCUGGGGCAGGAGCUGUGGGCAGAAGAACAUCCCAGGAAUAUACACCCUCUUGGCCAAAUAUGUCGGCUGGAUCAAGAACGUGAUGCAGCAGGAGGGAAGGCCCUAUAGCCUUGAGGAGAUGGGGAAUUCUCCAAAACAGCCACCAAAAAACUCCAGAACUUCAGCAAGCCCCGCGCUGGGCAGCCCCACACCCUGGCUCCUGCCCUGCCUGUUGCUCAGAGCUGUUUUCAACUGGUAAUAAAACAGGUUGCAAGUCCCUAAUGCCAGCCUAAGUUGCCCAGGCAGGGUUCAAUCUUGUGAUCCUCCUGCCUCAGCCUCCAAGAGUGUUGGGAUUACAGGUGUGGACCCCUACACCUGGCUCCCAAAGCUGUUCGUGUGUUUUGUUGAUCUAAUUACUCCAGCUCUGGCCACAACAGCUGUCAGUUGACUCCUGCACCCUUCUGACAUCCCACAUCAGUGUAGUGUCUGCCUGUUUUGUCUGCCUGUCUGUUUGUUUGUUUGACCCAGGCGGACCACCAACUCAUGAUCCUCCUGCCUCAGCCUCCUGAGUGCUAGGAUCACAGGCGUGCCUGGCUUUCUGUCUUCUGAGCACCACCUUACGCUCUGGCAUUACCAGAUGCUAAUUGUGAGGUGCAGACACUCUCAGUGUUACAAGUUAGUCCUGAGGAGCAACCGACACUUAGGGGGCAGCCUCACUGCUGUGUGUGUAACCCAAAGGCUUCUCCCAGGACGCAAGUGGGUGGCAAAAAGCUGGACAGCAUUUGUGAGCAUGUGGCACUUCUGAUCUGAGCAGGUACAUGGUCAACCUUGGCCCUGGCCCCACCCCCAGCACCCCUGGCCUGCUCUGUAUCCAGAUGCCAUUGAAGCACCCCAGGGUAGGACUUCUGGGCCCAUGGCCACAGAGGGAGCAGCGGGUGGGAGAGGAGAGGAUGAGUCUCAGGGGCACGGCGGUAGAGAUCUUUAGCCAAUGUCUGCAUAUAUGUUCUGGAGCCUGGGUGGUAGUGACUUGGGUGAUUUAAGCCAUGACAAGGGGCAGAAUGUUAAACCAGAUUCACAAAUCAGAUCUCUUAGCCAAUAUCUAAUGUUCUUAGUAAUUUCAAGGAUUUUCGAGAGGAAGUGCAUGGCAAAGUCCAGGGCUGCCAGUGCUGCUGGCCGGGUCCUCAUGGCAGGAAGGUGACAGGCUCUGGCCUGGCUUUAACAUGGGCUGUUUCUACACCACAGCUGUUGCAACUGUGUUUAGCAAGGGAGAGCUGUCUCAGAAACAGCUCCACUGCUUCCAGUGCACGAUUCUCCUGAUAUUUUCCAGGGCACUGUGCCCUUGCACCUGCAGAUCUCAGGUUCCUUUGCCAUCAGCAGUAUCAGGUGGCCCAGGUAGCACUUGCUAAAUGGACCCCUUAGCAAAGGACGCUCACUGAAAAAUACCAAGAGUGUGUUCUCCAAGAGCCCUGUGUGACUUUAAGGUGGUUUCUCCUGGUCACUCUUCUUUGCCAGGAGUCCCAGGGACAGGGACUGCACGGCACGGAGGUCCUUCCUUCCCAGCGGUAGAACACACUCAGAGGGGAAGAGGAAAGGGGCAAAUGGGCUGAGGACACAGCCCCAGAGAAAACUUAAUAUCUGAAAGACUGGCAGAGAGAAAAACAUGGCGAGAAGAUGAAGAGGAGCCAGCGAGGCGACGGGAAGCCAGGGAAGCGUGGUGUCUUCUAAGGUGUUGUCUUCACUCCGUCAAAUGCAGCCGAGGAUCAGAGGAAGUGAAAGCCGAGCUGAGUGUGGUGGUGCAGUCUCCGCUCCAGUCCUGUGGGAAGUGGAGGCACAAGGAUCGCAAGUCGUAACCCAGCCCGAGAGCCCUGCUUAGUGAAGCCCUGUCUCAAACAAACAAAGUCAGUGCAAAGGGCCUGAUAUCAAUCCCCAGUAGUGCAAAGAAAGAAGGAAAAAAAAAAGAAAGAAAGAGAAAGAUAGGAAGAAAGAAGAAAAAGGAAAAAGGAAGAGGAAGAGAAGCUCAUGAUGACGCAGGCCACAUGGAUGUCAAGGGUUCGGUUCCCACUCAGGUCCAAUGUCAAGCCAAGAGCUGUUUUUUGAAGGGAGAGUGGUAGCCUGCAGAUGACGGCAGAGCCUUGCUCCAAACUCUGAAUGGCCUCCACUGCGUUUCACCUGUGGGGCUGCCAGAGACCCCAAACAGCAUCUCCACUGCUCCUGCCGCUUGAGUACCGCUGAGCCUGCUGGAUCGGAUGGGCCCGGGGCAGAGCAGCCCACACAGCAGCCUGGGCCCGUUGAAGAGCAAUUUGCUGCCCUGAGACCGGCUUAAGACUAGCAGCUUUCUGAGUCGCUCGGUAAACGAGCCAGAGUAAAACUCCUAAUGAGGACUGUGUUGCCUCCAGAAUCCAAAUAGGUCCACUAGGUGUUGUGCCUCUUUUCUGGUGAUGGAGGAUCGAGAUCCUGUGAUUUAUCCUCACCUUGGAAAGGAUAUCUCUACCUGCCCUGCACCACCGGACUCCUAGAAAUUUCCCUGAGCUAAAGACCUUGAAUUUUAUUUGGAUUUAUUUCCCCUUCUCGGGUUCUCAAGUGCUUUACUAACAAAUGCAGAGGUGGCUACCUCCUGCUCACUGGGUCCCAGCAGCAUAACACAGUGUCAUACAUGUAAUCACCAGGGUGAUGCCUUGUGGGAGAGAAAGAUCAAGGUCCCUGUCAACUAAGUUGUGACACGGGGCUGGAGGGUUGAAAUAACCCCGAUGCAGGUCAGUGCCAGUGCACUGCUGGCCUUGCCAGCUGAAAGCAGAUUGUUUCUGGUGGUUCCUAUGGAGACCUCUGGAGAAGAAGGUGUUUGCCAAAUCAAUAGCUGAUACCAAGUACCAAGAGAUGUGCUAAUCUGCUCACCACACCUGGACACCACAUCAGGACACCACAUCUGGUACAGCAACUGCAUGAGAGUCAGCAUGUGAGGUCCCCGAGACCCACCUGCCUUCUGCUCUGGCCAAAUGGGGGAAUUCAAUGGAGAUGUGGGGGCAUCCUUCACGUCCCUGAUGUGGGCGCUAAUCUCUGGGAUCCCUCCAAGAAUGCAAUACUGCCUUUACUUUACUAUUUUACCAUGCAAAGGUAAUUCUAAUGGCUUCCACUUGGCUUAUCCAUCUAUAAUAGCCUCACGUACAGGUUAAGGAUCCAGUGUGAGGAUUCUGCAAAGUACCAAGUUUAUCUAUUCCAAGUAUGCGCUUUGGAACAGGGUAAAUGACUACAGUAUGGAUCCAAGGACUUACUGGACCCACUGUGAGUUACUGGACCCACUUUCUAGAACUCCAUCGAUCAUUUGACCUCCAUAGGCCCGCCUGUUACUGGAGGGCCACAGUGAUGUUUUGGGUCCUCUAGAGUCAGGGUUAGUUCAGAUUUAGUGUCCAGUAGCCCCUGAAAUCAUUGUCCUUCCCCCAGUGUACAGUUACGUGGUUAAAAGGCUUUAGCUCCCUUUGGGGACAAAUGGGAUAA